AUGGCGUCCACCGACUCACCGGCGACCAAUGGGCACAAGUCCGAGAAGAAGAGCAAAAAGGACAAGAAGGAGAAGAAGCGCCUGCGCGAGGAGGGUGACGAUGCCGCCGAGGAGCGCAAGCACAAGCGCACAAAGAGCCUUGGUGUAGCCAAAGACGACGCCAAUGACGAUGACGACGACGAAUCUCCCCAGGCCUCUCAGGACCUCUCAAUGGCUUCCUACGCGACGAACAACACCAAUGGCGAGCCAUCGUCCGAAAAGAAGAACAAGUCCAAGAAGGACAAGCACAGAAAGUCGGUAGGCGAAGCCGUAGACGACGGCUCGGACGCCGAGCGCAAGGAGAAGAAGGAUAAGAAGAAGAAGCGCAAGUCACAACAAAAGGAAGCAGAGGAAGAUCUCGAGGACCCCUCCACCGACGCCGCAGAGCCGCCAGCGAGCGAAAAGAAGAGCAACAAGUCCAAGGCAGCGUCCCCCGAACCCGUCAACGCCGCCGCCGCCACCAACGACGUCGACGCCAUGGAUGUCGACUCCCCCACGAAGACAAAAUCAACAGGCCGAGUCCACCAACCCCCCGACGCGCCCUCCAAGCCCCAAUUCCCCUUUUACACCCAGACCGUCUCGCUAUACCUCCCCAUCUACCCGAUAGGCUGGGACACGCCCUGCACGGCCGCGGCGACGCAGCACCUCGAACCCCUCUUGAACCGCUACGUCCCGGACCUCAAGGGCGUCCUCCUCGCCUUCCGCAACGUCGCCGUCUCGGAGCAGCCCGGCCGCCGCUACGCCGCCACCAGCGACGCCGAACACUGCGACCUCGCCUCCGUCGACGAGUACGCCGUCGGCUUCGGCUACGUGACCGUCGACGUCGACCUCUUUGUGCCCCGCCGCGGCGCCUGGAUGGAAGGCAGCAUCAACCUCGAGAACGAGGGCCACGUCGGCGUCGUCUGCUGGGGCAAGUUCAACGCCAGCAUCGAGUCCGCCCGCCUGCCGCCCGAAUGGCGCUGGGUACACGCCGGCUCCGCCGAGGCCGCCUCCUACGUCGCCGACCCCUUUGACGAGAGCAACAAGAACGACGACGAUGAUAAGACCGCCGAGGACGAGCACGGCGCCGUGCGCCAGAUCCACACCACGGGCUUCUGGGUCGACGGCGCCGGGGACAAGGUCAAGGGCCGCGUGCGGUUCCGCAUCAAGGCCUUUGACGUCGGCGUCAGCGGCGACCACGGGUACCUCAGCCUCGAGGGCACAAUGCUCGACGCCGCGGGCGAGAAGGCGGCCGUCCAGCGCGACGCCGAGCAAGAGCGCAGACGCAGGGCCGGUAAGAGCGGCGGCGUCCUCUCCAAGGAGCGGCGUCGCAUGCCCGAGUUCAGCGUCACCAAGUUUGGCGAGGUCGAGGACGAGGAGGAAAAAGCGUUGAAGCAGGAGGUGUGGAACACGACGGAGCCCGUGACGGACAAUGAGGCGGCCGGGGCCGGUGGUGCAAAGGAGGCGUUUACGGGCAUUUCGGCGGAGGAGGCAUAA